AUGACAAAGAAAAAGGAGAAACUUGAUCUUGAUGUCGAUAUGAUUCAUCGUCAUGGUGAGUUCUCGGACAAGUUAAUAAACCUCAUCCCUGCAAGAUUCUAUCUGUCCGAUGAUGAUACAGAGAAGAAGUGGUUUCAAGGUCUUAGCAAAGCAGAAAAGGCUGAUGCCAAGAGAGAAACAGUUGAAAAUAUAAAGAAGGCGAAGAGAGAUAGGUUAGAUCCAGACAAAUCUGCUUUGAGCACUCUUGACUUGCAGAAACAGAAACUGGAAAAGGAAAAGUCCGGUAAUGAGACAGAUAUUACAAAGUCUAUGUUUCUUGGCUUGCAAGAAAAUAAUACAUUUGAGAAGAUGAGGCAACACUAUCUUCAGAAAAAUAAGAGGAAGAAGAUAGACUCAGCUGCUGAGGAGUUGAACGUUGUUGAAGAAGCUGUGAAGGAUCUUACUUAUGGUUAUGUCAAGAUUGAGGACAAUGAUGCGGGAAACUGGAAAAAGAAUAAGAAGAAGAGAGUUUCUAAGGCGAAAGAGCUUGAAAUGGCGAUGAAGUUAAGGGAUUUAAAGAAAGAUCCAGAGAAAGGGGAUGUUGUUGCAAAGAAGAACUCAUGGCAAGCUGCUAUUAAGAGAGCUGCUGGUAUCAAGGUUCGCGAUGAUCCAAAGCGGUUGAAGCAGAGAAUCCACAAGGGGAAGAAAAGGCGCGAGAAGAACGCCGAGAAGUGGAAAGAAAGGGUUGAAGUGCAAAAGAAGGUAAGGGAAGAGAAACAGCAAAAGAGAUCAGAGAAUAUUACUGAGAGGAUUCAACAGAACAAGAUGAGGAAGAUUGCCAAAAGAGAGAAAAAACUCUUACGCUCUGGCUAUUAA